AUGAAUCGAAUCGAAAAAUGGGAACGGAAUUGUUCUGUACUACGAGACGUGCGUUUUCGCUCAAAAUACACCUUACAACCUGAAAUAAUUGGGGAAGGAUCAUUUGGCACAGUUAUCACUGCAAAAUGCAAAACUUCCAAGGAAAAUCGUGCGAUAAAAGCGAUUCGAAGAAUAGAAAAAGUAUCAAUGCUCUCAAUUGAGCUCGAAUUGUUAGCCGAACUCGGCGGACAUUUUAAUAUUGUUAAAUUUUAUGAUUUUUAUCAUGUCUUAGGCUCUGUGGCCAUUGUGAUGGAGCAUUUUCCACAUUGCUCAGUUGGCGUAAGUCUUUCCUUUCUUGAAUUAGAAUAAGCUUCUCGAGUUACAGGAACUUGUGAUGUUUUCGCGUCGGGACCCGAGUUUCGGCCUACUGUAUUUUAAAAACCUGUUGAUUGCUAUCGCCUAUUUACACCUGAAUAAUUAUGUACAUCGUGAUAUCAAAUUGUCCAAUUUUUUGUAUUCGCCGCAGAGGAAUUGGUGAGUUUUUUGGGGUGGAAACGUGGAAAAUCAUGAUUUUUUGGUCCGGAAGCUGAAAAACUGCAAUUUUCUGCUCUUGAAGCUGAAAAUUGAACAAAUUCAAGUCCCAGGGCUGAAAAAAGAGAUUUAUUUGCUCUCGGAGCUGGAAAAUUGUAUUUUUCAGCACCAGGACAUGAAAAAUUCGAAUUUUUGAUCCUAGAGCUCAAAAUUCCAUGA